AUGGAACGGAUAGAGCCCCGCUUAGAUAUGUAUGCCAUAAGCUGUGAGCACGCAGGUUGGACGCGUAGAGGACACACGCAUCAGGGAAACUUGUACACCGGACAGACAGUUGGGGAUGUAAUGAAAUGCAGACUGAUGGUUGGAGCAUUAUUGUUCGCAAGUGACUGGAGAAAUCAUAUGACACAUACUAAAGCCAACUUAGACAAUGAUAAGGACAUGAAGGCUAUUAUGAGGUGCAUCGUGGCCAAUGUUUUUGCGUAUAUAUUGGCUGAAAUACCGUGUGGAUUUCAGUGGCUAGGACCAGACCAGGCAUGGUACAUCAUGAGAAGCAUGGGAGACACGGGUGGGGUAGUGAAUCCAAUUUCACGUGGCACAUGUACGCUGGAUGAGUACAAGGAUACAAAGGUAGGAACAGCGGAUUUACAGGGGGCGGUAAAAAACUGGUUACAGCAAAGUACAACGAUAAGUGCUCGUAUAAACGCAAUACAGAAGAACCCCAAAUGCAACAUAAAAUGGAAAAUCUACAAGAAAGAAAUGGAAGCCAAAGGAGAAGCUGAAGAUAGUUCCAGUAUGUUUAAAGAGGAGGACAUGCAACGUUUAGUGAAAAAGCAGGUACAAGAAGUGUUUACGAAAAUUAGGAACACAGUACAAAAGAAGGUGCAGAGGGCACGAAAUACAACAGGGGGAUCCCGAGACCUCCGGGAUAGUGAUGUUGACUCUGCGGACGAGGAAGAGGAAGAGCAGCAGAACGCCCAAAAGGACAUGAAGGAAAGGACAGGCGCUGGAGGACCGGCGGCCCCCAAGCCCGCGGCCACGAAACCACAAGCACCGGCAUCUCCAGAGCAGGCACCAGCAUCACCACCGGCAGGAGAAGACGGGAAAAAAGGAGCAAAGGGUGAAGCAGGUCCAACCGGACCACAAGAGGAUCCCGCAUCAGGGGCAGCUGCUGCACAAGCUCCAGAUAGUAAAGAACCACGACAACCGGGAUCGUCCGCGGUUGAAGACUAUAAGAGCAUAUGUGAACACACGGACUCCGCUCCACAGAGCACUACUGUAAUAUCCUCCGGUGCUUCAAGUGUUAGUAUUACGCCUGUUACUUACACUUAUGGGGCGGAAGCACCAUGUAAAUUUCUGCAGGAACGCGCAGAACAGGCGGAAAGAGCAAAGACCACCCCGAAAACUGUGGAGAACACAAAAAAUACUAAACGAGACAGUGCUCCCAGCGGGGACACAAAUGUACACGGCGAUGCCGUCGUCGAUGGCGGCAGUCCGGAUGACCCCCCUCCUCUCAAUCCACCCAAACCAAAACCGAACCCAAAUCCGGAGCAGACAGGCCGUAUCGGUACAGGCGGAGACCCCGGUCAGGCGGGAAAGGACGGCAAAAGUGGUGAGGACGGAGAUCCUGGGAACAAGGCUGCGGAUCAGGAUGAAUUCUCC